GAUAUCAUGGAAUGAACAUAUUUGAUUACAUUGGUUCAUCAGUUGUGUAAAAAACUAUGGCUACUCCAUUGUAUAGUUCAAAACUAUCAGGAUCAAAAUUCAAGAAUUGGAUUAAGGCUGGAUUAGGUGUUCUAUAUACCAAACAAGGCAUUGAGCCUUUUGUAUAUGAUGAAAUAGAACAGUUCCAGCAGAAAUGUUUGAGCGACAUUUGCAACAACAAUGGACUUGUUGCUGGUACCACAUGUUCUAGUUGUUGUACAGAAAAUGUCAUUGUUUGUCCUACGAAUAGAAUUUGCAAUGUUGGACGUGGGAAAUGCAAAUUCCAUAGAAAUUCUGCAACGCAAUAUCUCCCAGCUGGCUGCCCUAACAAGAUAUGUCAUAAUUUCAAAAAUGACAUUCAGAAUGCUCACCGAUACUACGGUCCGUCCUAUAAAAACACUGAUGCCAGCCAGUGGUGUGGCAAUGCUUGGCAGAUUGCUAAAUGUUUUAUGCCACCAGACGGAUACAAGGAUGUGACAUGUGCAUUAGAAACGGAUUUUAAUGGAAUUAUCAGUGUAAUUAUCAACUAUAAAGCAUUUCAGUCGAAAAUUAAAGACGACCUUUCCAAGAAAUCCAGCAUCUUUGAAAAGGCUAGAGAGGUAGGCAGAGCAGUUCGACAUUCCCCAAAAUUAGAGAUGGAAGAUACAGAUCUACAACAGUAUUUUAGUGACUUACAGAAUCUGCUGUCAGAUCCUGCCAAUUUGUCUGCUGAUAAAGCUGCGCAGAAUGCUAAAACAAAAUUAUUACAGCUUCAAAACGAUACUUUGAUCAUUGGUAAAGACGAUAUCCGGAACGUGCUGGAUGAUGUUGCCAAGGCAGUUCAAGAUAAAAUCCGGACUGAAAUAGAUGAACACAGAAAAGAAGCUGAAAAGAAAAAGUUAGAACUGAUCAAUACCACAAACGAGUCUGUUAAGACCAUUGCUAAUCAAGGAGAUGUAUCAAUUGCUCAACUAGAUAAUGCUUUAAAAUCUGCAAUUGAUAAAAUAGAAAAGCAAACAAAGGAAUCGCUUACAAAAGUACAAUCAGAAGCUGAUGUUGCUAAGAAACAGAUACACGAGUGUGCAGAUAAAGAGGUAAACAAGUUGGAAGUCAAAGCCGAAGUUGGAGUGAAACAGAUAGAAGAAUCUACUGAUAAAGGGGUUAGCAACUUGAAAGUCGAAGCCGAAACUGGAGUGAAACAGAUAGAAGAGUCUACUGAUAAAGGGGUUAGCAAGUUGAAAGUCGAAGCCGAAACUGGAGUGAAACAGAUAGAAGAGUCUACAGAUAAAGGGGCUAACAAGUUGGAAGUCAAGGCCGAAGCUGAACUGAAGAAGUUAUCUGCAAAAGCGGAUGAAAAAAUAAAGCAAAUUGAGGAAUCAACGACAGGAAACAAAGAAGAUGAAUACAACAAGUUGAAAGAAGCAGACUCCAGAUAGAAGUUCUUUCCAGAUGUAAAUUAAGUGAAUUGAUGAAAUCCUGAAAAAGUGUUUGAGUGUUGGUGUUGUCCAGAUAUUAAAAAAGAAUUGAGCAGCUGCCAGAUGAAUGUACUUUCCAGAUGUAAACCAUCACAAAUGAUGCCUGUUUGUAUUUACCAGUGUUUAAAAAAUGAUUCGAUUUGAUGUGUAAUUCAAAACAAAUCUUCAAAUUGAAAAUGGCAAAAAGCAAGGGGAAAUGGAAUACUCCAGUUGAUGAAAAUGGUUAGCAUGGAUAACGUAUGCUUGUGAAAAGUGCAAAGAUCUAUACAGUACUGGGGCAAUAGUUUUUAAGAGAAUUUAAACUGCACUCAGGAGUUGCUUCCCUUCAACUUCAGAAAUCUCUACCUAUAGGUCUGCACAGCUUGAUUGGUCAGUUCACAAACAUUUUGUUAGAAAGUCUGCAAAGCCAUCGACUUGAAUACGUUGGUUAUUUUCAAUGUACCAACAAUAUAGAAAUAAAAUUUGUUUAUAAAUUUGAAA